AUGCGCCCUGCCUGGAUGACCGAGGCGUCGACGGCCGCGCCGGGGAUGCGUCUGCGUUCCGGAGUCACCCUGGAGACCGCUGAGAACGAGGUCGCACCACAGCGUCCCCGCAAGGCGCAGCACAUGAAGGCGUGCGGCCGUUUGGGCUGCCCGGGCUUGAGCCCGAAUCCGGCCGGCACGUGCGAGGCGUGCGGCUGGGAGUUCUUCGCUCCCAGGCGCCGGGUCCCGGCCCCCGCUGCGCAGCGCCUGGCGGCACAGGCGGCGACGCUGGCCCGCAUGCUGCGCGCGGUGUCGUCGCACGAGCGCCUGGCGACCCUGCCGUUCUCGCCCUCGAGUCUCAGCGUGGCGAAGCCCGUGCUGAUAGCGAGACGGCUGCUGGAGGGCGUCAAAGGCGCUCGCCGGCGCUCCCGGUUCUCGCUGCGCGACGCGGUGGGGCUCGUGCGCCACCAGCGCGACGGGACGAUUCUUCACGUCCCCGGCGACGACGAAGCUGUCGCAAGGUACCUCGCGCGCCACGCCGCGAUCGUGCGGGCGGUGUUCGAGGUGCGCGGCGUACCCGGCGACGCGCCCCUGGUCAAGGCGCUCGAGGACUUUGCGCGGGAGCGCGGCAUCAGGACGGACACAUUGCUGCCGCUGCGGCGUGGCGCUUCAGCGCGGAGCUGGGACGGCCCGCGGCUGCCGGGGACGCGGGUGGUGCGCGACAUCAUGGACGGCCAUCUGUGCCGUCUGGACCUGGUGGGCUGCGCGCGUGGCGGGGGCGGGGCCGCAGCCGGCGGCGCGAUGGUCGAUCCACUGCCGGGGUCGCCGUCGGCGGGCGCGGCGCCUCCGCGCGACGUUCCCGCCGUGCCGCGCACACGUCGCGACGGAGUCGCGUCGACAGGAGGUGCGGGGGCCGGGCGGGACCUGAAGGCCAGCUGCGGCGCCGCGGUGCGGUGUCGUGCGCCGCGCACGGACGGCAGCGGCGGCCGGGAGCACGUCGUCGGCGUCGUGCAGUGCAUGUGGCGGGAGGACGCUGGCGGGGACGCGGGCGGGGAGGGCGCGAGGCCCGGAGCUGGCGCAGGAGGUCGCACGAUGGCGCAGCUUCGUCGUCUCGUGCGCGGAGAGGAGACGGUCCUCAGGGGCGCGGCGGCGUCGGACGAGGUGUUCCUCACCCAGGAUGUGGUGACGGUCUGCCUGGACCUGCCGACGCGCGACGACAUGCGGCUCGGGGAGAGGCUGCCCCUCCGUGACGAGGACUCGGCCGAACGGCGAGGCGCAGCCCCCCCGGAGGUGCACCUCAGGGACGCAGCGCCGCCCGUCGCCACCGGCAGCACGCCCGGGCGGCUGCGCGCCCUGCACGCCUUCUCGGGCUGCGGAGGGCUGUCCGCGGGCCUCCAGGCGUCCGGGGCCGUGGAGACGCGCUGGGCCAUCGAGCGCGACGCCCCCGCCGCCGCGUCGUUCCAGGCCAACUUCCCGGGCGCGGCCGUGCUCCGGGCGGACUGCGCCGACGUGCUCCGGCGCAUCUGCUCCGCGACCGUCGGCCAGGACCGCCGGCCCGACGGCGACGCCUCCGACGCGACGCCGUGGCACCUCCUGCCCCGCAGGGGGGAGGUCGACCUGCUCUGCGGCGGCCCGCCGUGCCAGGGGUACUCGCCGCUCAAUCGGCACCCCGGCAGCGAGUGCGCGCGUCGCAACAACGCGGCAACCACCCUCUUUCUGUCGCUCUGCGAGGCGCUGGACCCCACAUUCGUCGUGAUGGAAAACGUGCCCGCCCUGGCCGCGCACGCCGGCGGUCGCACGCUCGGCAAGGUGCUGCGCGUGUUCGUCGAGCUGGGCUACCAGGUGCGCUUCGGGGUGCUGCCCGCGAGCGCGUACGGCGCCCCCCAGCGCCGCGAGCGGCUGGUGGUGCUGGCGGCGCGCAGCGGCCGGGCGCGGCUCCCCGCGUGGCCCGCCCCGCGCCACGCGUUCCGGUCGGGCGGACUGACCCUCUUCCGCGGCCAGCGCGACAUCGCGUGCACCGCCGUGACCGCCGACGCGGGCCUCGCGGCGCCCUUCACGGUGCGCGACGCCAUCGGCGACCUGCCCGGGGCCCAGGGCGGCGACUACGAGGACGGCCCGAGGAACGCCUUCCAGCAGCUCGCGCGCGAGGGGAGCCAGCGGCUGCGAGACCACGUGUCGCGGUCGCUGGCCCGGGAGGCCCUGGAGGACCAGCUCGCGGAGAUGGGCGACGACACCUCGGGCGACGGCGACGUCGCGGGUCUGCUCGACCUGGUCGACGACGGCGACGACGGCGGCAGCAGCGGGGAGGCCGGGCGGCGCGCGGACCUCGACCGGUUCCGCGUCGACCCCGACGCGCCCGCGCACACCCUCACGACGGACCCGCGCACCUCGGCCACCGUCUGCCGGGUCGUGCACUACGCGCUGGAUCGCAUCCUCACCGUGCGGGAGUACGCGCGGCUGCAGGGCUUCCCGGACACCUUCCGGUUCUGCGGCACCCUGGCGCAGUGCUACCGCCAGGUGGGCAACGCGGUCCCCGUGCCCCUGGGACCGGCGCUUCUCCGGGGAUGGCCGAUCGACGUCGCUCUGCCAGGAGCGCACCGGUGCCAUGUCUGUCGCGUGGUCCUGAGCGAGGCCAUUGACACCGUCAAGUUCUUCUUCAACCAACUGAACCUGCAGCCACCAUGCCCGGCGGUGUUGAAAUUGCUCGAGGCCUACAAGUACGACGGCAAGCCUCCCAAGACGAACCGGCAGGCAUGGGCGCUCGUGACGCGGUUCAGGAAGCAACUGCGGGGCGAGAUCUGA